AUUGUCGUUUGAAGUAAACAGUAUGGAUAUUUGCCAGUAAGAUAUUCUAAUGAAAUAUGGUCAAAAUCAUAUAAUCAAGAAGUGAUUUAAAAGUGUUUUAUUCCAAGGAAUAAACAUGUGGCCCAUGCUCUUAGACCUGACCCGCGAUGAAUGCCGCCGGACGCUUAGAAGACUCGAAUUGGAGGCCUACUCGAAUAUGGUAAAUGUGUUUAGAGCACAAGGGGCAUUAGAAGACAACAGAAAAAAGUUGUUGGAGGAACUGCGCGCCGUUUUGCAUAUAAGCCACGAUCGUCAUAGUGCUGAGGCGCGGCGCGUGUCCAAUGAUGAGCUGUUAGCUACUAUUGCUGAACAAUUAUCUGGCCCAAACACAGGUCUAGGAUGGAUCAUCGAAGGUCGCAGAAAAAUUCCCUUAAUGCCGCGUGGCAUUGCGCAAACUAUGUACACCGAGAUUGCGGAUAAAGUGCAAGAAGCCACAGUGGCCGAAAAUAAAGAAUUACAAAUGAAAAUUGAUGCUGAAGAACUUGUUGCGCCAAAGUCUAAUGAAGAGGAGAUUCGUGAUUCGGAAUCAGCUGACGCGGCGCUGCAGUGCAAUGAAAGCAUGGAGGAGAUAUACCCACCAGUUGCCAUGGAAGACCACUCAGCCAAAAUCUGGGAAACUGAAUUAAUAUGUCGUAAAAGGAAAAUUCCCGAAAGUAGCGUAUCAAAUGAAGAUGUGCCGCCACCAGUAAAGAACAUGAGAAACAUACCUGUGAAUGUAAAUCAGAAACAUCUCAAUAUAUCACAAGUAUACUCGAAAUAUUCACAACCGACAGUCAGCAAGUCCUCAAGUCAAUCCAAGCAUUCAUAUAAUCAAGUUAGCAAACUUUCUUCGACUAAAUCAAGUCAAACACAAGCACAACGCUCACAACACAGACAUAGAGCGCAUAAACAAAGAAUGCCCAAGUCUCAUAAAAAAUCUCAAGAAUUAAAAAUGUCGCCUAAUAAACAAUAUAACCCAGUUUCAAUGCAGCUAGAAUACUCAGGGCCGCCUAACUCAUUCCAGGCUUCCUAUGCUCAGUCCGUAUUGGGAAAUAAAAACAAAUCUGAUUAUAUUGACGAAAUGAAAACAAAAGUAAAAUCAUCGCCUGGUAUGGUGAGCGAAUCGCCUACAAUGCAUUUGCUAAGUCAGCCGGCGACUGUUCCUCAUGAAUUAGGCGUAUCAGAAAACGCACAUCCUGACGAUCAUUCGUCAUUACAAGCUCAAAGUACCCCUAUACCUAAACAGUCAGCUGCGGGCAAACAAUGCCAACUAUUAAUAAAAAAUAGAGCUGAAGCAGACAAAAAAGUACAAAUGCAAGACUUUAAAAUUGUACAAAAGCCUAAUGAUAACAUAAAGAUUCUCUCUAAUCGACAAGUCGUCGUUGCGCCAAGUUCUACCCAAAAGGCGUUAAAUACACGAAAACUUGUCACAACAAAAGUUAUUGGUUCGAUACCAAAGGGGCGAUCGUCCACAACUCCAGUUAAAUCCAUGUCAGAAAAGAUGGUUGUGGUAUCAAAACCCAUUGACAACAGAAUAUCACAUCCAAAAUUUGUUAUAACCUCUUCAUCUAGUACAUCAAUGAAAAACCCUAUACCAAUAAGUGCAAAUAACUUAUCACCCCCGACAUCGGAGCCUUUGACCCCCAAAGGGAUUCCAGCGACCGAUUUGAAAGUAUCAGCAAAAACAUUCGUUCUUAAUCCAAAAUCUGGACAAAAAAUGGUCGUUUUGCCGGCGAAACAAAGUAAAGAGGGUCAAGUACCAUUGUUCCAUUUUAAAGGAAUACCCACUGCAAUGAAGCUAGUGUCUGUAAGCUCGCAGCCAAACACGCCCGUUGCUAAAUUAAAUCCAGGCAUUGCAACACCAAAGCCAGCCGUUCCUAUACCUUCAAGCACAAAAAUAGUAGGUGUUGAGCCUAUUAAAACUGCUAACUUAGCAGAUAUCGUCCCAGUGAAGGGAUCAACGCCAGUGACGACACAGAAAAUGACGAAUCCCAUUGUGCGACCUGUGAAUACUAAAGGAAAUGUCAUUGUUGUUCCGAAAGGCGCCACAAUCGGAAAAACACUGACUUUUACCAAAAACGGGAAUGAUAUGUCAAAAAUUAUUAUGGGUAAAAAUGUAAAUAAACUUCUACAGGCUAAAUCCGAACAAGGAGAGUCGUCUAAGUCGGGCAAUGUAAUCGUUUUAGAACUUAACAAUGAACAGUCCGGUAGAACAACUACCAUGUCUGAAAUACUAGAUGGUCGCGUUGCUAAUACUGCGCGUUCUCAUGAAGAGAUUAAACAAGAUGUCAAUCAAACAAUUACUCAAGAUACGCCUGUAUUAUUUGAAAAUCAAAUCGCCGCAGAGAGUUGCACCACGGCGAGUCUAGACUCGUCGACGAGUAUGGGUGAUAUAGUUCCUAUGGAAGAAAGUUCUCUCAACUUGAUUGAAAAAAGUGAAGAACCGAAGUCCACAUUUAGUCAAGACACCGAAGUCGCAAAAGAUUCUUCAAGCGUCACUGAUUGGGAAAUGGAGCUCGAAACGGUGACAUCGAGAAAAGAGAAGGACGACGACAAACUGAACUCUUUACAUCUAGAUCUCGGCAUGUCCAGUGAAAGCGAGAGUGAGUACAUGGGCGACAACGGAAAGAACAAGAGCAAGCACUCGUCCCAAGACAGCAUACAACAAGAGACACAGCGAGGGAUGAGCAGUGAAAUAUAUAGCGGGUCGGGUCUCUCGCUAGCGACGAGAACGUUGCUCAGCCAGUUGCAGGACGAGGGCUCGUCCAGCAACGACUCCUCGUUCGCGCUCAAAUCCAAAAAGGCGGACGACGGCGGCGAGGGUUGCGGCAAAGCGGACAAGUCCGAGUCGGACGCGCUGUCCAAGGCGAAAGCGAAGCUCACGCAAAAGGUGGCGGAGGCGCAGUCCCGACAAAAGCGGAUAGACGUGUAUAGUACGGCAAUAACGACGUCGGAGAUAAACCUAGAAUCGUUUUCGUAUUUAGAUGAGAGCCUGAUGGCGGGCGACGACGAGUUCGACUCGAAGCGGGCGCCGCGCCGCAGCACGCUGGACGAGCAGCUCAGCCGCUUGCUCGGCGAAGACUCGCAGGACUCCACCGACUCGCAAACUGUAAGUGAACGACUGCCUCUAGCCAGUAACGACCAGUGAGCGGAGGACGCUGUGCGAGGUUGUGCUUUGUGAUAUGCCGUGUAUAUAUUAUUACUGUCCGUGGUGAACUCUCUUGUUUUCUGUGAAAAUAUAUUGACACUCGCGUGCGUUGCGUCUUUGAAUGUGAAGAGGCUAAAUUGAACGACAUGACCUGACUAAUAUUUGUAUGAAAUGGAACUUCAUAUUUUUAUAUACUUGUAUGUACAUUAUAUAUCUUUUAUUCUUUUUGUAUUGUUUUACUCGAAAUGUUUACAAGGAUUGGUGUAAAGUUUCACUGAUCUUGUACGUUAUCGCCAAAACAAGUAACGUGUGCUCGCUAAAUUGCCUUAAGAAAAAUAACAAUUGAAUACUUGCGUGUCUUUUACGAUAGUCUUUCUAAAAUCUUUAAAUCUUCUCGCACCUGUUUAUAAUAUGGAAAACACUGACGAUAUUUUAAUUAAUCAGGAAUAAUUUUACUUAGUAAGUUAAAUUUUAAAUGUAUUAAUUCCUUAUGUUCGAACAUGAAAUAAGUCAAGAUCAAAUAAAUGAUUACAAAAGAUUUUCAAUUAAAAAUCAGUCUUGAUAAAUCUUAUGUAGUAGUUUUUCAAUUAUUAUUCACUAAUUGUUAUAUUGAUACGUUUUACUUGGUGCAACUUGCUUCAGCUAUUAACAAGAAAAUAAACAUAAUAUAUUAAUAUAAUAUAUAUUUGUUAUUAUGUAAAAAAGUCAAGAACUUCCUUGCCUGUAUACCACAGGGUUGAAAUGUAGUAAGAUAGAAAUUUAUUAUCCUAGAUUGAAAACCAAAACUACAACGUUUCGUUAAUCAAUUAUAACAUGCAUGAUUACUUGAAUAGCCCAAAAAUUCACACUUUUUAGCGUAUCUUGUCUUCUUUUCCUGUACUUAAAGCAAUAACAUUAAUAUAUUUACUAAAUAAAAUACAAAACCAAAUAAUAUAUUCAUAAUAUUAUGUAGAUACAUUGUUAUAUAAAUCCAUUAAAUAUUUAUUACAAUAAAUGUACUUUUUCAUAACAAAAUAUAGAUUAUUAUACAAUAUAUAUUAGGGCAACUAUAAUGUUAGUUAUUUUAUUUUACGAAGCAUUAUUCUGUAUUUAAUUUGCUUGGCAACAAAACUUGAAUAUAGUUUACUCGGUGUUUAUAAAAACUUUUAAAAUUAACAUAUCCAUUUUUAUAUAAAUAAAAUAAUUAAACCAAUGGCAUAAUAAAAAAAUAUAUAUUACUAUUAAGUGGAAGGAAAUGCUCAAGCAAUAAAUUAAUUAUUUAUAUAUAAAUUAAUAAUAGGUUAUUUAUUUGGAUAGAAUUUGGAAAUAUUUAUUAUAAUAUUGUCAUUGUAAGAUAAUUCAUGUUUUUUUAUGUCUGGAAUGUUGUCUUUGGGAUAUUAAUACAAUAUAAUGUAUUAUAACUUAGGAUAUUCACUACGAAAUGUGUCAGUAUAAAAAACGCAGUCUUCUGUAAUAACGCAAAUUUUAAAAUAUCAAAAUUACUAUUGUAAACAUUUUAACUUUUCAAUAUAAAAUCCAACUUUAGCAAUCAUUGUAUCAAUUCUCUGUUAGUAGAGUAAUAUAUUUUUAUUUUAUCAGGAAUAAAAUGUAAGUGAUAUUAUGAAAUAUAACCAUUGUGCAUAGAUUUCAAAUGAGACCAAUGUUUGUUGGCGCAAAGUUACAUCUUAGCUGGUCAUUCAAAUUUGUAAAUUGUCUUCAUCCUGUUAGUCAUUCAUAAAUUCAAUUAUUUAUAUUCAAAUCGAAUAAAACACAAAGUAAUAAUUUUCCUUUUUUCUUUUAAAUUGAAAUUUAAAAAAAAAUACCUACAUGACAUUUGUAAAAUUAGGUACAUACCUAUAUUUUUUAUUGCAUUUUCGAAACGAUGUCAGUAUUUCUAAACCCAUAAUGUUAUAUUUCGUAGGAUUAACAUUAUAAUCAUUGUAAUGUAAAGAAUAUGGAAAAGUAUCAUUUAGAAUUAUUAUUUUCAUACAAAAUAGAUGUCUAGCACAUUACAAUUGUAUUUAAAAUAUCAUCCAUAUUAAUUAAAACUACAAUAUGAUAGUUUUCUUGUCGUGUUCCUACAAUAGUUGUCUAUAAAAUAAUAAUGUUAUUUGUUAGUUUCAUGUAAAAUACACUAAGUAAGGAUCGGUGUUUUAUGGACAUGUUUUGAUUUACAAUCAUUAUAUCAUAACAUUGUAUAUUACGCAUACGCACAAAUUAAAAUACUUUUAGUUUUAUUUAAAGUUCUUGAGAAAAAAUGAACACUCACAUUGAUAAGAUAUUAUUGUGUAAAUCUCCUAAGUUUUGAACCUAAAAUACAGUGUGAUUUCAAAACAACGCAAAUAAUGCAUUCAAAUUAACAUUAGCAAAUCUCUUAUCUCAAAAGUACUAAGAAAUAGUGUAGUACAGUGGAUUCAAGUUCUCAUAGAGCGGGUUGUAUGUUCAAUGGUGCAUAAUUAUUUUAGGCUAAUCAAUCUGUUAUAGCAAUAUUAUUUGUUUUAGUUUAAUUUUAUACUUGACUCUGUCCAAGCCGCUAGACUAUUUGUUAAUAUUUUAUUUGUUUAAUCUUUAUUCUUAUACAAUUUUAUUCCUUGCUAACAAAAAACUGUUUAUACACAUUUAUGCCUACAUACAAAACAUUAAAUGGCCAAUAAGUAGUUACCCAAUUAAGAUUUUAUUUCUAUUUAGAUUUCCGCCCGUGGCUUCGGCCGCGUUUUCAAAGAAAAACUAGCAUAGUUCCCGUUCCCGUUAGAUUUCGGGGUAAAAC